AUGGCAGAUAUGAAGGCUGAAAAGCGGUAUAAAAGUCUCUACACCCCACUUGACUCGUCGAAACGGGAAAUUCGAGUUUUAGGAUUCGUCAAUAAGCCACUGGAAAAGAAGAGGGAGAGAGAAGACCCCGUCAGCCUCACUUUGAGCGUUGUUUCCCUGGACGAUCCCGGCCAUCCGCCCUUCAGCGCUCUCUCGUAUGUGUGGGGUAAACCUGUUCACAAUAAUCACGUGACCGUCGAUGAGGUUCAGAUGGCUGUCACUGAUAACCUCCACCUGGCACUACACCACCUGCAUGGAUCUCGAGCUGAAGAGAACUGGUGGAUCGACGCUCUUUGCAUCGAUCAAGCAAACCUGGACGAGAGAGGCAGUCAAGUACAGAUGAUGAGCGACAUUUUUGGAAGCGCUGCCAUUACCGUCGCACAUAUUGAUUUCUCCGUGUUCAAGCCGAAGCCCCAGGUCUCUAUGAGCCUGCUAACCACCAUGGCAAAGCUUCGGGGGAAACGAGAAGCGUUGGAGUGGCUCACGAAGGUUCGACGCGACCCUGACUUCAACGCGCGUUGGACCGAACUCUAUCUCUUGUUCGAGAACGUAUACUGGAGACGAGUUUGGAUCCUACAAGAGCUGAUUGUAUCUCGGAAUUUAGAAUUUUUCAACCCGGAUGGUCCUUGCCUGGAUAUUACUACAUUCGCCCAGGCGCUUCAAAUCUUUGAAGACAUUACCCCUCUGAAACUCAAACUCGGGUUGCACAUAAGUCAUCAGAUCCGGCCCAUAUACGAGGAUCUGAAAUUUCGGGCCAUGUACUGGGAGAAUAGGACACCGCAGCCCCAAGGGCUUAGGCAGAUGAUCAUGAACUCUCUACGACUGCAAGCCACCGACCCGCGGGAUCAUCUCUUUGCACUCCUUUCCUUUACGGAAGAUGGACCAGAAGUCAUCGGCCGCGCAGCGUAUGAAAGUGCCCCCAGUCAUGUUUUUGCUGGGUUUGUGCAAAGAUACUACCACAAAUACCAAAGUUUAGAACUCAUACUACUGGGUGGCUGCAAAAGGAAGCUGAUCGACUUACCUUCAUGGGCUCCAGAUCUGUCGGCGUAUGAAACACAUGUUAAAGGAAACAUUAUGAUCCAUGAGAAGAUCCAAGAAAAGAAUUUCCCUAUCACCUUGGUUGUGCAGUCUCUCCUGCUUGCUGCCCCUUUUCCGAGCUCACCUGUCAGUUUUUCGGACGAUAACCGUACUCUGACCGUGACAAGUAUCCAGAUGGGUGAAAUUACGGGCCUGGGCGGGUACACCAAAGGCUCUGUCGCACGCACGAUUGAUUCAGCCAUGGGGGUAAGACAACUUGAUAGCACACACGCCAAGAAUAGCGAACUAUCUUCUUCCUCCCUCGAUCGCAACGUUCUUUUCGAGAACCUGGCUCAAAUCCUCACACUUGGAAGUCUUCCUGAAAUUUCAGGCACAAUACCACCGAUUUUACUCGGCCAGGCCUUGACCGUGCUGCUUCACUAUGCUGAGGAGCCUCAUGAAUACGAAAAACGGCGUCAAUUGGGGGUGUCCACGUUAUCAGGGUGGUGGGAUUUGAACAAGGAUCUGAGUAUUGAUAACAAGACUUUGCUCUCCUGGCUUUUAGGCGAUAAUCUUACCUUAGAGGAGCGCGAGGACGAGCUUGUUCGCAUGUUUCGGACCACCGUCUUGGAGUAUGAAGACACCGUCAUAGAAGACGCAUUUGUUUUCCUCAAACGUGUCUAUCUCCGAAUACGUUUUGAUACCGAGAUGGUGCAACGGGUAAUAGUGUAUACACAAGAUGGGGAACUCGGUUCCGGGCCAGCGUACUGUAACCUUGGGGAUGAGAUAUGGAUGCUUUAUGGCUGUAAGAUCCCAAUGAUACUGCGACCACUACCUGAUAUGAAUGGGUUUGAGGUGGUGGGAGAGUGUGUCAUGUAUGAUUUUAUGGUUAAAGAGAUGCCAGUGUUGGCGAGAAAACCUGAAAGAUGUACAAUUCGUUAA